UGAAAAUAUAGUAGGAGAAAUAGAAGUCACUCCAGCUGCAGGCUCAGUAGCAAUUGAAGUCGUUACAGAUUCGGAACAGCUCGCCAGGUAAUACACAAUUUUCUCUCCAUAUAUGGCAAAGUGUGCCAUUUAAAGGAUUUCCAGACAGCAAAGAAAAAAAAAUCGAAUUGCAUACGUAACUUUGAUAAAGAAACUUACGCAAUCGCCUCUAAAACACCAUAUAUAUAUAUAUUUUAUCAUACAUAUAUAAGACAACUAUAUAGACAUAGCUCAAGUCAAAGACGCAGUGCAUCAUCAUGUUGCCGAAUUUGAAGACGCGUCGCAUAACGGGCCUCCAGCUGGCCGGAAAGCAUUUGGGUCCCGUGGCCAAGUGUCCGCCUCGAUACUCCGAGGAGGAUUGGGAUUACAAUAAUAAGAUCAAGUUUAGGAUCACCUGUGACCAGGAGAAACUGGCCGAGCGCAUUGUCGAGGAGUCGCGUCGCGUGGUCGACGAGACCAAGGACACCACCAAGAACUGGCAACGCGAGGUGGAGCAUCAUAUGCGCGAGAGGACCAGUGAGAUUCGUUUCCUGGUCGACGAACUGAAUCGUCAGAAGAAGACGGCCACAUUGGAAGAUGAAACUUUGAACACGUAUCGCAAUCGUGUCCUGAGUGCCAUUGAGUUCCUCAAGGAGAAAUCCCUGGCCAUUUGCAAGCAGUGUUUGAUCCUGCGCGAAGGACGCAUCGGCGUCGAUCUCUGCGACGAUGAAGUGGAUCGUUCGCUGCGUCGCGAACUGAAGGUCAUCAAGGGAUGUCAGGGACUGGCCGAUGCCGCCCUCAAGGAGGCCGAGGAGCAGAUCCGUAAACUACGUGCUGCCAUGUAUUUGCUUGAUCAGGAUUUGGCAGCCAAGGACAAAUCGCUGGCCAUUGACGAGAAGAAUCUGAAACUGAAGGAGUUCCAGCAUGAUCUCGGCAAGGGUCAGGAUUUGUCCAAGCAGCACUGCCAAUUCUCGCUGACCGAGUGGCAGGCGCAGACCUAUGAGAAUCUGGAGGCGAAUGCCAAGGCUCUGGUCUCCGCCGGACAGCUGCGUGCCUACAUUGAUCUGCUGCUGAAGCAGGUGUGCGAGGACAUGCAGAAUCAGACGGAUCGCACCAAUGAGGCCUUUGACCGUCGCAUUGCGGAGACGAAGCAUGUGAAGCAGUGUCUGGAGAACAAGCACAAGGACACCAUGGAUCACAUCCAUCAGGUGCAGCGCAACAUGAGCGAACUGGAGAAGGAGAUGUCCGAUAAGCAGCGUGCCAUCACCUUGUGCCAGACACGUCUCAGCAAUCGUGCCCAUCGUCCUGGCCUCGAGUUGACCUGCGACAUGGUCCAGGAUGCGCUCUACAACGAGCUGCAGGCUCUGAAAGCCUCCGUGUGCAAGCUGAACCAGAAGCUCAAUGAGAACAAGGCUUCCAUGCGCUAUCUCAUGCAUGUCCAGGUCAUGCAGGAGGAGGAGAUCAACAUCAAGGCAAACACUUGCAAGAUUGACGAGGUCGAUUGCAUGACCUUGCGCCAGGCCCUUAAAUACACAUCGUUCUAGUCCUCUUCCUUCCUUGUCCUAGCAUCUUCACCCACUAAUUGAACUCCAUAUAUACACACACCACACACACACACACACACCCCAAACACAACGUAUUGAAAUCUAAUUCAAAUUACAUGUGCAUUCCUCGUUCAACAAUACUAAAUUUUCAACAUGAACAUGUUUAAUAAAUUACAAUUCACUUCGAGUUCGAAUUAUGCAAA